AUGACAGUCGUGCUGCCUGGCGACGCUGUGCCUCUGGCUUCCACCUCGGCGCUCAAGCUCGGUCCCGGCCUGCUUCCCACUCCACCGCCAUCCGCAUCCAUAUCAACAGCCGCCGCACCACCACCAUCGCUCACCGCCAUACGUGCAGGCGCGCUCGGUCACAUCGGCGCUUCCCAAGCCUCCUCCUCUUCCUCCAGCUCGGUCGCCGCAUCCAAGCCAAAGCACGCCGAUUCUGCCGCCGUAUGGGUAGAGUCCAACACGCAACGCUACGUUCCUGCACCGGGCGACUCGGUGGUGGCGCAGAUCACCAACCGCGGCGCAGAUUCCUACACGGUCUCGCUCUUUGGCGCACACGCCGCCACGCUGCCCGCACUCGCCUUCGAAGGCGCAACCAAGCGCCACAAGCCCAACCUCAACAUCGGCGCGCUCGUCUAUGCGCGCAUCGUCUCCGCCGACCGCUUCACCGAGCCCGAGCUCACCUGCCUCAAUCCGCUCACCGCCAAGAGCGACGGCUUUGGCCACCUCAAGACCACCGACCAUCGCGGCGAAAAGGUCGCCCACGCCAUGCUCUUCCACACCUCCCUCGGCCUCGCAAGGAGCCUCCUCAGGCCCGACCAUCCGCUCCUCGGCCUCGUCGCCGCUCACUUUCCCUUUGAGGCUGCCAUCGGCCAGAACGGCGCCGUAUGGGUGCGCGCCAACGAGCCCAGCCACCUCAUCGCCGUCGGCCGCCUGCUCCACGCCGCAGACUUGCAUCCUUCCGCACACUCGUCGCUGCCCCAACAUCCCGACGCGGCGCAAGACGACCAAGCGCCUCAUCCUUUGCAUGCCCAGCACAUUCUCGACCACAGAGCCCAAAGCUGGGACGCAAAGCGCGUCCGCGCGCUCAUCCACGAUCUUUUGUAG